AGGGGGGGCGCCGGGUUUUUUUUCGCGAGCGGCGUCCACUCAACUCGCGGGCGCGCCAGUCCGUUUCCACGCUCGUGCAUGGAGCCAUCGCCGGAGCCGCCCGCGCGAGUCCGAAACCGAAUGCGAUCGCGUCGACGUGCGAGCAUGACCCACACUCCGGUUUUCGUUGUUCAGCCGUAAAGGGAGUGAUUUCCAUCGAAUUUCAAGUGUGAUCGGAAUCGACCACGCGCGCCUGUAUCAGUGCCUCCUUCCGCGAAGUUUUUACACCCUUUAUGGUUGGUUUUCGCGUUGUUUACUUCACGUUACCGGUCCCGUGUUAGUUUGGUCGAAAGAUCUUUCGCAAUAAUUACAUUGGAUUCCCGGUUUUUGUGUUAUAGUUUGUAACGAGUGUACGUGUGUUCGACACUGGAGACGCACCUUUACAUUGGAUUUUUUUCUCUCUUGAAUCCUGCUUUUGUCGAUUGAAGUUCUGGCAAAAAGAUAGUUGAGAGAUAUCGUUACACACGUUGAGCUUUCACAUGUCAUAAUGAGGAUUUGGAUUAUAGCUGUCUUCAAUCUAUUCGCCGUUGGGAAUCCGCUUGCGAUCAGUCAUUAUGAUCUGGAGGCAUCCAACCAGACGUGCAAUGGGAACGAGAGUUGUGACGUCAGCAGCGGGACAAAAGUCGAUUUUGACCUAGACUGGGAGUACAGGAACUGCUUCUGCGAUCCCCUCUGUGCGCGCUACGGCGACUGCUGCCUGGACUCGCCCUUCUUCAACAUCGUGGAGCAGCGCGGGGCCGUCAACAACUUCAAAUGCAUGGAGCUGCGGCAGUUCGGCGGGAUAUACAUGAUGACGUCAUGCCCUUACAAGUGGCGGAACCAGAAAGUCCGCGCCAUGUGCGAGCGGGAGGACGAGGGGAACCAGGACCCGCUCUCGGGGCUCCCCGUCACCAGCCACGUCUCGCAGAUCACCUACCGCAACCCCUACUGCGCCAUCUGCCACGGCGAGAAGCAGGUGGACUUCUGGAAAGCCUGGAUGGAGUGCCCGACCAUCAAGAACCAGCAGAACCUCACCUCCGAGUACAUCAAGCACGUCAAGUUCAACACGACGAAGCAGGCGUGGGGCAUCAUGAUCAAGAACCACUUCCACACUUGUAAGAUCUAUCCGUAUAAGCCCGAGUCCUCGUCGCACAUCGUGAGGAAAUGCGUCCCGGAUUUGGUCAAGAGUUGCGCCGUCAACUGGACCAACGCCGAGGUGCGUGAGAGGUGUGAGGCGUACACGACUGUCGUUUACAACGCGCAGACCUCCUUCAGAAACCCUCACUGUGCCAUGUGCAACAACGUCCCCGUCCAAGAGGUAUGGUGCAGGAAAGCAACUGCCACGAGGAGCUUCCCAUGGGAGGAUUUCAACCCCACCGCUUUCUCCAUACUCUUCGAUGUCUCGGGUGGAGACUCGGUCGGCAAGAAGGAGCAGUGCAAGAACAAACAGCUCUACGAUCCGUUCUUUAACACGUGCCGCGACAUCUUCAACGAGAUAAGCGUCGAGGCCGUCAUCGACGAUGGCGGGGUCUACGAGAUCAUCAACAACGACCAGGUGAUCUUCCCGGACAGCCCUCUGCUCGCCAGGAACGCGGCGGACAUCUCCUCUUGCCCCAAGUUCACCCUCAACGCUGAGGAUUUCGUCGUGAGGAAUGGCACCAUCUUUGUGCCCAAGUACAAGAGGACAUUCUACAAGAACGAGUUCACGCUCCGGCCCGAUGGAACCGUCGACGUCUGCGCGAACACCCUCACGAAGAGGUUAGUGGACAAAUUCGGAGUCUACAUGGGGUAUGUCACGUUCACCGGGCUGGGCGUCUCCAUCAUCUUCCUCAUCCUCCACCUCGUGGCGUUCGUCCUCGUCGCCGAGCUCAGGAACCUCUCGGGCAAGAACCUCGCGUCCUUCUGUUUCGCGCUCCUCAUGGCCUAUUGCUUCUUCAUGCUGGGGCAGAUCACCGACGGGAAGGCCUGUUUCAUCAUCGCCAUCCUGACCUACUACAGUUUCUUGUCUUCGUUCUCAUGGAUGCUGACGAUGUCGUUCGACGUCUGGCGGACGCUGAGGUUGGCCACGGCGGAGCUCCGCGUGACGGCCGGCAAGCAGUGGCGGAAGUUCAUCGUGUACUCUGUGUGGAGUUGGUUGGUCCCUGCUUUCAUCGUUCUCGCGUCGCUGUUCGUCGAGCAGGCACCUCGAGGGACGGUGGCUCGUAGCUUGAGGCCCGAGUUCGGCGUCAACUCCUGCUGGUUCGGCCAGAGGAAGGCCCUCCUCCUUUUCUUCGCCCUACCCGUGGCGGUCGUGAUGGUGCUCAACUUCUUGUUCUUCUGCAGCGCGGCGCACAUGAUCUACUCGGCCACGUCGAUGACGAGAUUCACGGCCAGCGCGGGGACCCAGAGGGACUUCCGGCUCUACGCCCGGCUGGCCCUCGUCAUGGGUCUUACCUGGACGGUGGGACUCGUCGCCGGUUACCUGGACAACGAGGGUCUUUGGUACGCCUUCAUCGCGCUCAACACCUUGCAAGGCCUCUUCAUCUUCCUCGCUUUCACGUGUACGAAUAAAGUCAUCAGAGCCCUUGUCUCCAAGAAAAAUGACGUCAGACCUCUACGACCGCCGUCGUUUUCUUGGUCCGGGGGCUCCUCCGACAGCACAAAAAAAACCGCCAGUGAUAUUGGCUCGGGUCGAGGCACCUCCGACACGCUGUACUGAUCGAGCUCUGAUCGAUUUUAACUUCCAUUCUGACACUGGUAAUAAAAACCUCUUGGUUCAAGAGUGCAGUCUCUUGUCGCCGGAUAAAG